AUGCAUGACACGGUGAAUGGGAGGCCAGAAACGGCCGCUGGCUCACCGUGGCUGGUCUUGGCGUCACGUGUGUUAAAGCCCACGGCCGACCCUGUUUACUGCCACCCGUGCUUCGUGUUGGUCGUACCUGGUGCCUGGACCCAUGGAUCGACCGGUCUCCAUUCGUGCCGCAGCCGCCGCAGUGCCCUCCUCGCUCACCCUCCGUCACCCUCCUGGCGGAGGGGAGCCAUUUCUGGCUCCUCUGUUGACCGUUCUGCUUCCCCGGGGCUGACAGUCGAGAAAGAAACUGAACGCCGAAUUGCUGCAAUAAAUGCGGUGAUUGCUGUCUGUGAUGCGGAAGAAGGUGCUCCCUCGCGUCCUCCACCGCAAAAGCGCCCGGUCGAUGCUGUUGAUGUACCCGCUGCUGCCCCCUGA